UUCAUCAGUGAGAACUUUUUGAGAUAACUUCACCAACGUCAUAAUGCUGCAAGUAUUUUGUCUAAACAAUGAUCUAAUUUUUGAGCUGUCGGGCUCUGAAUCAGUAAUAAACUCUUGAUCAUGUAAGGAGUUUCCUCUCACAAACAAGAAUUAAACUCAACCUGGCACGCUGCAUUUUAAUAAAAUAUAAGAGAACAAACCCAUUAAACAUAGAUGAGGCCAACAACCAGCACCAUGCUCCAGCAGAAUAACAACAACAACUACCCCUGCCUGAACAUGUCUGGCUCCACCCGGGAGAUGCUGCAGAGGUGCUCCAGAGCCUCCCUGCCCUUCCCCAGUCGACUGGAACUGGGUCUGGGAGAUCUGCCGCUGGUUCGGGGCCUCCGAGCCUGGGCCUUGUGUUCCAAGAAUCGACGCAGGGCUAACGGUCUGAUGGGAGGAGGACAUGCCCCCACAGCUCCUCCUGCAGGCCGGGGGAACACCACAUCCUGCCCAAGACCAGCAGAUGUGUGCCUGAGCGGGGAGUGGGGUCGCAUGGGUUACGGGCUGCCUCUGGGGCUGGAUGCCAGGCAGGCUGGAAUUGGAGCUUUGGUUACAGUUGCUACGUUGAAGACCUCGGAGGGCAGUGGGAAGACACAGACUCAAUGCCUCUUUCUCCGGACCGAGAAGGGGAGCUGUUUGUACUCCACAGCUAAGCCCAGUUCUGGUGUGACAACCAGCGCAGCCUCCAGUAUGGUUGGAGAAUGGCUGAGAGGGAAGACCGUAGGAGGAGGAGGCAGAGACACUCCAACUGGGAGGAGGGACGGUGGCUCGGCUCCGCCUGCACAGACUGGAGCAAACCAGGUUAGAGUGCAAUCUGGCCGGAGAUGGAGGAAGUCCGGCAACGCAGCAGGCCGGGGGAUGCAGCAGAGGAGCCGGGAGGAUCCUGAACUAGCUGUGGAAGAAAGGCAGGAAGAGCAAGACAAAGGAGGCCAGGACAGGAAGCAGUUUCCCAGUCCACAGCGGGACAGCAGGAGAGCCAAAUGCUGCCACAAUAUUUCUCCUAAGACCUGUGCUCAGUGUGGAAGGAGACCCCAAAGGACAGAGAGCCUGGAUCAAGGUGAAAGUCCUGGAAGGGGAGUUCAAAACAGACUGAAGAGGGAGAGGCAAAAGAAUGAAGAAGAGGAGGAGGAGAAGGGAGGCCACUGUUACCCUGAUUUGGCUGUACCAAGCACUGACCUAGAACAUUACAGAAACUCCCACAGCUGUGUUGAUGAUGAAGAAAUGAGAGGAGCCAAGAGAAAUGAGGGGCAGAGGAAGCAAACUUCCCACAGCCAGGACGACAUCACAGACAGAGAUGAGGAUGCAGACACUGGCGUUAUGAAGAAACACGGAAGCAAUGAUGAUUUCGUGGUGACUGGUGACUUCGAAUUAACACAAAACAGCAGAGCUAAAGGCAAAAAAGCAAAGGAUGAUGACUGUGAAGAAGUAACGCCGUAUAUUAAUGGAUUAUCUAAUCAUCUUGAAGCAAAUGAAGAGUCAGAGAAAGAGACGGAGUAUAUCUCAUCCAGCUGUGCAGCCUCUGUAAGUAGGACCAGCGAGUCCUCCGUUCCUGUAGAGGGCAGCGUCUGCAAUGUAGAUCAUGAAACGAGCUCUGUUCAGACAUCACAUGAAAGCAAACAAAUCUACCUUGAAGUUCAGCAUCUGGGGCCAAAAGGUCUAGAAGAGGCAGACUUUGGGCUCAUGGAUGAAGAAAAAUUAGAUGUUAGCAGAUUUCAGCCCCAAGAACCAAACCUUUUAGCUGAUGAAAGCAGCUCUGUGACUGAGUUAAACAACGAAGAACCUAGAGUUUUCUUUACAAGCAAUGAAAACAACAGUCAAAAGGAAGUUUUAUCAUCCCCUCUCAUACAGAAAAUUCCUUGCAUCUCUGAGUCAGAUGGGGGGAUUGUGAAACAGGAGGAUGGAGACUUUUGGAGGAGGGAGAGCACCUGCAACAAGCUGGGUGAUGGUGAAAGUGAAGCCUCAGACAAGGAUCAUUUUACAGAAGGAACGAGAAACUGUGCAUCAGGAAGUGAGUGGAGGUUACAGUCACAGGAAUCUGCAGACGGGUGGAAUAAAGAGGACGGAGACGCCUCUGGUCAAACAGCCAUCAGCAUUGGAGUUUAUAACGUUGCCUGUGCUGAUCCCCCCACCUCCGUGGCCCUCUCUAAUCCUGCCCCUUCUCUGCCCCCCCUGGCAUCCAUGGCAACAGGCCUGCCCUGUCUGGAGGCAGAGAAGGAGAAAGAGGAGGUGGUCAGAACGACAACAGAAGACAGUAGAGGCCAGGAAGAGGAAAGGAGGUACAGCAGAGAGCUGGAGGAGCAGGGCGAGGAGGAGAGGGGUUCCAACGUGGCCACUGAGGACGUGAGGAAAGAGGAGGAGGAGGAGGAGGAUGAGUUUGGCGUGUUCAUGCAGGCGGAGGGAGAGUCGGCCUGGAGCGAGGGGGUUAACAUGUCUGCCUCAGUGCCUUGUGGGAGCACAGAGAGUGUUGCACUUGGAAACCAAACCACCACCUGCAGGUCAGGCUGGGCCGUCCACCAGUCAGAUGAUUCCUGGACGGCUUUUCCUCGGGACGUGUCUGAUGCAGGUGGAGACGUGGAACAGUGGUGGCCAGCCAGGGCUGCAGAGGCGAGGAGAGACGGACUUUCAACCAAUCACAAUCUGGCGUCUCUCUUUGCCGAAGCCUUUCCAUCCUUCUCCGACUCAUCCUCAAGUGACUCCUGUGACCUCGAUGCCGUUCCCACACUGACACAGCUCCUCAGGGGCAGAGCGGGCCGGGAUCAGGGGCUUUUGGACAGUUUUCACGACUUGAACAAAAUGAUUGUCCAGAGAUACAAGAAAGCCAACAGCGUGUCUCGUGGCCUGCUGCUGAAGACUUUACACCUGGAGCAGCCGCAUGUUGAAAGCAGACCUGCUUCCUGGACAAGCACCCGCCGUCUCUCCCCCGGCCUCCCCUCAGCCAAUCAGCACGCUCAGAACGCUGCCGCCAAGCGACGGCUGUCAUACGACUACAACAGGAACAUCAUGGAGUAAAGCUGUGGGUGGACCAGCAUGAGGAAGGCAGGUUUCUGAGCGCUCUGGAUGCGUAGGGCCCGCUCAUCAGACACUGACUCUUUGCACGCCGUGGUUAUUUAAACCUGAGCCGAUGAGACGACCGCGGCCAUGAAAACAAAGCUUCUUCAGUUCUGUUGCAGAAAGACUGAUGUACGCUGGUGAAGUGAGUCAAUUUCACAAGAUCACCACCUUGUCAUCCAUCACAAACCUCCCAUCUUGAGUUUCUUUCAUGAGCCCAGUAACCACAGUCUGUGUAGGGAAUGAUAACUUGAAGCUGCAGGUUCUUGCCACCAUGUCGAGCCGUCCUGGUAUUUUCCCUCCUCUACCUUUUAUUAUCUGAGAACCUUCAAGCUUCCCUCUGAUAAAAUCAUUUCUCUGAAGUGGGGCUGUAUUUUUUUGUCAAAUUAUUUUGCACUUUGUAGAAAUGAAAAGAUUAAUCUGAUUUUUGGAGGGUUAGCACAUCAAACUGAUCCCUGAUGAUGUGGGCUGUAACCAAUCAAUCAAGCUUAUUACGUUAUUGCUCGGAUUGCAGGACAUCUCACAAAACAUCCUGUUUUAAAGAAAACAGAAGAGAAUUAUUUGCUAAUUUAAACUGUAUUUGAUUGAAAACGGUGCAAAGACAACAUAUGAGAGGCUAGAAGUAAAAUGAUUUGUUUGCUGGAAAAUUUGAAUUUAAUGCCAGUGAAACAUUAAAAAGAAGCUGGAAUAUGUGUGUAUGGCUCCGAAACUGUUGUUCAGCAUUAAUGGGACCAGAUGUUACGUCUUUUAAACUCAUGUCCACUAAUACAGCCACAUCCCAUCAUAGAUACUUAGUUCUUUAGCCAAGACCCAAAACCAUUGAACUUUUUAACUGGUCAGACACUUUUUCUACUCCACUGACAUUUCUGGGCAUGAAUCUCUGGACUUUGU